AUGGAGAAAAUAUGUAUUCAAGAUGAUUUUGGUAGUCCUUAUUGUGGACUUCGAACUGCGGAAGAUCUGAGAGGUGUUUUGUGGGUAGACGAGGACAAAGAAGAGUUAGAGUACGUUGUUGUGUGGCGCUUCGACAGUAGCCAUUAUAUAGGGUUUUGCAAGAACGGGUAUGAUCAUCACCUUGGCACUCCAACAUACCCCGGUAUUGACAGGAAAAUUAUUCGCUGGCAGUUAGUAGGCUUGGAUGAUAUGGUACUCAAAGGAGAGAUUAUUUACAUCCUUACCCCCCGCAGUUACAUUCGAACCCUUGAUUUGUCUGGACAAGACGGUUUCAAGGAUGUCUCCUACAUGGUUCCAAUGUAUCAGCCACUUCUCACUGAAAGACAGCAAGCAAUUAAGAUCAUCUCACAAAGUGUCAAGAUUGCUGUCACAAGAUCAGGAGAAGUUUUGAUGGUCGAUAUCCUUGUUUACGAGGACGCAACCUCUACAAGGCGUAGGAUCUUCCGUCUCUCCAAGAGGGAUCCUACUCUAGACCCGAAUCUCGACUUCAACCUUUCUGAGGUGGAUUCUCUAGGUGAUGAGGCCCUUUUUCUGGAUUCGGGUAUCAUCGUGCCUGCUGACCAAACCCUUGGUAUCNAGCCAAACUCCAUCUAUUUCACCCGUGAUGACCGUGUCCGCAGCAAUAAACAUACAUGCCUCGACAUCUGUGUGUACAAUCUUGCAACAAAGACCCUCAAACGCUUCCCCCAGGUAAACCCCUGGGAUGCUCUGUGGUUCCUCCCCUCUAGAUUUGUUCCCUUGUUGAACAUCCUGCUGUUCCUUACCCCAUGCUUAGGCGUAUGA